CUUGCGCGCGGCAUUUCGGCUUUUGCACGCGUACAUGAUUACACGACGGUUUCAUAUGACCGUUACGACUUUUUGGCGGUAAACAGUUGUGAAGUGCUCUUUUUUCUGAAUUUAAUCUUCAAGUAAAUUAACAAUAUGCCUCCUAAAAAAACUAGGAAACGUCCUGCUUCUUCAUCUGAACAAGAUGCUGGACCAAGCAUGAAGACUGUCAAACGCUCCAAAAGCAUAAAAUCUAAGCCAAUAAAAGAGGAAAAAAAUAUAAAAAAUAAUUCAAAUCCAAGACUUUUACUUCGUGAAAUCACUACUGGAGGCAUCGUUCUUACAUGUGGUCAAGGGGAUGUUGGACAACUUGGUUUAGGGGAAGAUAUUUUAGAAAAAACACGUUUUUCUGCAAUUCCAAACUAUACAAACAUUGUUGCUAUUGCAGCUGGUGGUAUGCACAAUGUCUGUUUGACACAGGAUGGUAAAGUAAUAACUUUUGGUUGCAAUGACGAAGGAGCGCUAGGUAGAAAUACAUCUAAAGAGGGCUCCGAAACAAUACCAGGAUUUGUUGAUUUGCCUGCUCCAGUCAUUCAAGUAACAGCUGGUGACUCCCACAGUGCAGCACUUUUAAAUGAUGGACGAGUGUUUGUUUGGGGUUCCUUCAGAGACUCUCAUGGUACUAUGGGGCUGCUUACAAAAGAUAAUGAAAAGAUCCCAGUAGAAAUUUCUAUGAAGGAAAAAUGUAUAAAAAUAGCAUCAGGUGCAGAUCAUUUAGUAUUAUUAGAUAAUACAAAAAAGGUACAUACUUGUGGUUGUGGGGAACAAGGACAACUCGGUCGGUUACCUGAAAGAAAGACUGACAGAGAUACAAGUCGACUAGGACUAAAACACUUACUUGUACCAAGUCCAGUACCUUUUAAAGUAAAUAAACACAUUGAAGCAGAAAAUAUAUGGGCUGGUACAUAUGCAACAUUUGUAAAAGAUACUAACAACCAGGUACAUGUGUUUGGCUUGAAUAAUUACGGUCAAAUUGGGCUUAAAGGAGUUGACAAACUUUUUCAUCCCAAAGUAUCAGAUGAAUUGAGCAAUAAAAAUUGGGUUCAAAUCAGUUCUGGUCAACAUCACACUAUUGCUUUGGAUGACGAAGGAAAAGUUUACGUUUUAGGCCGUAAAGAAUAUGGACGUCUAGGUUUAGGACCCGUUAAAACUGAUGCAGAACACUUAACACUUAUACCUGCACUUGAACAAAUGAAAAUUGUUGAUGUUGCAUCUGGUAGUGCUCAAUCUUUUGCUGUAACUGAACAAGGACGAUUAUAUGCUUGGGGAAUGGGAACUAGUUGUCAACUUGGAACUGGAGAAGAAGAAGACGUUGAAGUGCCAACAGUGAUCGAGUCAAAACAAAUUCGAGAUGUUAAAGUUCUUCGAGUUUCAGGAGGAGGACAACAUACUAUAGUUCUUGGAGUACAAUCAGUAAUGAAUCAUACGGCAGGCAAUAACGAUUCCGACAAGCAAUAACAGUGCGGAAUUUCAAAUUCAUAAAAUAUGUUACUUGUGCAUAAUCAAGAUUACAAUUAAUGAGAAUUGACCAUCCUAGAAGUAUUUAAGUACUGGAAAUAAUAAAUGACUAAACCCUAAUCUAAUUAUUAAGAACUACCAUUGUAAGUCUAGUGCCACUAUAGUACAUUACGAUACAAGUGCAGGAAAGUAGAAACUCUUUCCCGAACAUGUGCCGUACCGUAUUUUUUGAUAUGACAUGUGGAAAAUGCAAUUUUCAAUGCACGUUUUCUUAUUCUUCUCUCACGAGCAUGCGGGAAAGACGCACUUUGCGCACAGAGUAUCGAAAAAAGUUUAAUGCAGAGUUGAAUGAUACAUCAAUAAUAUUUCUUAACAUUUAUACAACUUUUAUGAGAUAAUUGUAAACAUCGAAGCAUUUUUUGUAUUUCUCAAUUUAAUAUGUCAUGAACUUUUACACAAACUACUUUUUGUUAUAAAAAUAUUUACUAUAAUAAUGUAAUCCUUGAACUUAUGUGGCUUACGUAGUAUGUUCCUGCGUUUUAAUGAAUGCAAGAUAUUAGGUGAUUUAUUGUAAGCAUAAGAAUAAUUUAAAGGAUAAUGAAGUUCUUGUUGAAUAAUUAUCAUGUGUGAGUAAAAUUAAUUUUUCUACGUUCAUUCUUUAUUUCUAUUUACAUCUACCAAUACGUAAAUAGUGCCAUGAUUAAUAUAUACUAAUCGUUAACAAAUUUGCACAAUUAAGGCAUGGUUGCCUUGUUACAUUUGCACGCUAUUUUCAAUAUUUAAAAAAUUAUUUUGCAUUAGAUAGAACAAUGAAAGUGUGAAGAAAUAAAGAUGUUUUAAUAUAAAA